AGAUCCCAAAUAAUAAAACUAACAGCAGAACACAGCUUAUAAAAAAUCAGUAGCAACCGAAAAUGGCAAUUCCAUCUUCAUAUUCAUAUUUAUCAGCCGCUCUCUCCCUCCCCUCCACUUCACCUUUCCUCACCAAACUCACCGCCACAAAAACACUCACAAUCAAUCUUCAAAACCCUAGACAUCAUCAUCAACAACAAUUCAACAUUCACAUUCGUCACGCCGCUCACAAUUUCUUCAAAUUCACUCACAAGAAUACUCGAACUCGACUCAAUUGCGCUUCACCAGAUCCCGGAGAACUCAAUUUAACUCAUUCCACUAGUACGAGUGAUAAUAAUAAGUUGAUUUUAAUAUGCUCUGCGAUCACGAUUGCAUUGGCGAUCUCGAAUCGCGUGCUGUACAAACUCGCGCUUGUUCCUAUGAAGGAGUAUCCGUUCUUUUUAGCUCAGAUCAAUACUUUUGGGUAUGUGAUUAUCUAUGUUUCAGUAUUGUAUAUAAGAUACAGUGCUGGAAUUGUGACUAAUGAGAUGAUGGCCAUUCCCAAAUUUCGUUUCGUGAUCAUUGGUUUUCUGGAAGCAUUAGGAGUUGUUGCUGGGAUGUCCUCAGGAGCAAUGCUCCCUGGACCAGCUAUUCCUGUAUUGAACCAGACAUUUUUGUUGUGGCAAUUAGCUUUCUCCACCAUUCUCUUAGGAAGACGCUAUUCAUUGAAUAAAAUUGCUGGAUGCUUACUUGUUGCUGUGGGCGUAGUCAUUGCAGUUACAAGUGGGUCAGACUCUGGUCAAAUGCUUUCUGGAAUUGGUGUUAUGUGGCCACUGCUAAUGGUUGCAUCAAGUGCCUUUCAAGCUGGUGCAUCAAUACUUAAGGAAUCUGUUUUCAUUGAUGCAACGAAACGAUUAAAGGGGAAAUUGCUUGACAUAUUUGUUGUGAAUUCUUUCGGAUCUGGAUUUCAGGCCCUUUUUGUACUUCUCUGUCUGCCUCUACUCUCAAAUUUGAAAGGCAUACCUUUCUCUCAACUCCAUUUGUACAUUAUGAGUGGUGCCGGUUGUUUUUUUAAUAUCGGAACCAACACAACAGGUUGUGACGGAGCGCCUUUAUUACCUCUUCUGUACAUAAUCACCAACAUAGCUUUCAAUAUAUCAUUGCUCAACCUGGUCAAAAUUUCCUCUGCAGUUGUUUCUUCCCUUGCCGUACUGCUUUCAGUGCCGCUUUCAAUAUACAUAUUGGCACUUCCAUUGCCGUAUCUCCCGGAAGGCGUAACCUUGAGCCCCUUCUUCCUCUGGGGAAGCGCGGUUCUUGUGAUGGGUCUCAUUCUAUAUAAUAUCCCCAAUUUGUCAAGAAACUCCGACACUCUGUAAAAACUUGAGAAAUAUCAUUACCGACAUUAUAUAAACCGAUUUCGAGUUUUGCAGUAA